AUGGAAGCCCUGUACACCACCGCGGCUGUGCCCCGGGGCGUCAUCGAUGAAGGGCAUGAAGUCAAGUCGGACCAUUGCAGGGAGCUCAUGGACCCGGUGGGCUACGCCCGUCACGAGACCUACCUGUGGCAGCUGGACCAGUCGGCACUGGACCGGACCGAGUUCCUCACUGAAGCACAGGCGCACCACCAGCACUUGGACGUGGGAUGCGGCACGGGCGGCUUCACCUACCGCGCCCUCCUGCCGCUGAACCGCCCAGCUGCGAGGAUCGUGGGCGCUGACGUGUCCCCUUCGAUGCUGGAGUAUGCCCGCCGGCACAAUAGCCAAGGAUCUAUCGCAUACGAGCUGCUCGAUGUCGCCUCGCCUCCGGAAGUGUCCGCCUUCGUCGCCAAGAACGGACAGUUCCAGCGCGUCUAUUCUUUCCUCUGUUUCCACUUGGUGCCGGACCUGACCGUCGCCUUCCAGAACAUCCGCGACCUGCUCACGGUCGACGGGGAAUGCCUGGUCACGGCGUGCAUCACUAACCCGGCGCUGGACGCCUGGCUGGAUGUUCACGUCAUGCCUGAGUGGAACACCUGGGUUUCCGACCCGAGACUGGUGUUGCCAUCGUCCGUCUACUUCAACUAUGGCGGCUCCGUGGCGCAAAUCGAGGAAGAGACGCGCAAGUGCGUCGUUGACGCGGGACUCGAGUGCAUUGCGUGCGAAGUCAUAGAGUGCACGUGGUUGAUGCGAGACAUUUGGCACAUAUUUGAACUGUACUCGGACUGCUUCUUGAUCGGCGCUGACAUGCCGUCGAGUGACAAGAAUGCCCUCAAGGGGGCCUACAUCAAGCGCCUUCGACCGCGGGUCAAAGAAACGACCCGUGGCUGCGAGAUGAGUGUGGGAAUCUACAGAGUGCAUGCCAAGCCACAUCAUCAAGCGCCUGCCGAGGACUAAUUGCUUUUUCUGUGGGUUUAUAUUAAAUAGCGGUGUCUAAGCGUUGUAUUGUCGUGACAAAAAUUGACGCAUGAAGUGGGGGAGGUUGUUACAGCGGUGGCCCUGCUUUCCGCAUUUGCGCACCUUAGGGCCCGACAAUGGAACGGCGUACAAAUCAUAAAAACGAUAACCGGCACGCACGAACAGGAAGUUAGACAGAAGCUGUAAUCGCAGAAGGAAGGAAAGUUGGGCGAGUUGGUAUGGUAACGCAUUUCUACAUUCUUUGCAUAUUUGGUAUUUUUGAGCCCAUGCGAUGUUUCAUUGCUAUGAU